AUGGACGUGCUGGGUCGUAGCAUACGACGACGAGAUUGGGGUCUCAUGGUGAACGGAAAGGUUAAGGCAUUGUCAGCUGGAUUUACAGGCAGUAAUGGCAGUGGUCGAUGGUGGCCUUCGACGGGAUCGGUGGAGAUCUACAAAAACGGCACGAGGAACGUGCUUGCCGGAACCGGUUUCGCUGAAGAAAGUGUUGAAUGCAUCGUGCGCCACUCCGACAGAGGAAUCACAGUUGAUGACUAUGAUGUUAUUGAAUUUUUGAUGGCUUGGUUACAAGUUAUGGUAGAUGACGAUGAAAAGGUUAUAAUGAAUUUGAUUGGUAUUUGA